AAAUAGCAGAUACCAUAUGGCUCUGUUAUUAUAUUUGAUUCAGAAAUGGUGAACGCAGGAACAAAAACUCCUUUUCUGUAGUUCUGACUGUUGAUAUCAAUAUUAAAGUUAAUCUAUUUUAAUUUAGUAUCACUACUAAACACUACAUUCUGUUCUCUGUACUUGCAACUCAUAAAAAGAAAAGGAACAAGAAAAAGACAUUUCCUGCAGAAGCAUAGGGGCAUGGGAUGUUAUGAUCUGACCAGAUCUUUGUUCCCUUGAAAAGUGGUAGUCCUGUCAUAUGUGGAUAACUCAACAGAUAUUCAAAAUGUGAUAGUUAGCUUUAUGCCUAUAGCUCCACGUUGCUCAGAUAAGCUUAAGGACUAAUUUUUAGAAUUUUAAAAAUUCAAGCCCCGAACCCUAAUAAUCAAGUCCACUUGGAUACCUUCUUUAAAUAAAAAACUUACACUUUCAUGCAACUUAAUAUUGGACUCCCAUUAAUCUCUGCGGAUGGGCUUGAAAUUUCUUCCCGACAGAAACUGUCAGUAUUUAAACUUAAUUAUUGCUCAUUUGACAUACAAUGGAAUUAUUUUUCCAAAUAUGUUUUCAUCUUACAUAAUACACCACUUUUGGACAUUUUAUAUUGUAUAAUGAUUGCUUCUAUGCAAGAAUUGGAGUGAUGUUUGAAAUGAUGCAAUGAAAUGUGUUGUUAUGCAUUUACAAUGACACCUAAAACAAAUUUUGAAAGACAGUACUUUUACAAGUGAGUUAUAUGUUAGAUAUUUUCUGUGAAUUUCUGUGAUGGUAUGAGUCAGAUUAAUAUUUUCCAUUUGGUGUCCUGGAGUUACUGUCACCAUGGAAAAGAGUCUGAGCAUUUGUAGCAAUGUCAGGAAGCAGAAUCCAGAAUAACUUGUAUUAGGAUCAAUUUGGCCAUCCUUUGUUCUUGGGGUGUUUUGUUUUUACCUUGUGUUCCAUGUUGACAGUAACAGAAGAUAAGCUUUGUUCAUUUAAUGAUUGAUAAUGGAGGACGCUUCCUUGUCUUCCCUGUGUUCUUUCAUGUCUCAUUUAGAUACUCAAGAUUAUCGCUAUAAAUAGUUUAUGUCUACAAAUGCAACUCACUAGACCUUAACCAGCUAUACCUGCGUUGAAGAGUUAACUAUUUCAGUUCCCAAUGGAUUCAAACACAUCAAGCUUUCUUUUGAACUCCUCAACUUUGCACUCAGUUUUCUACCAAGAUAAACAAGAUGAUGGCAUAAUUGACCUGGGUCUCAGUCUCGGAACUGUUCAGCAUGAAGCUUACCAUUCUUCUAGCAACUUGUAUGAUGAUGACCUUAUGAACUGGCCUCAGUCGAAUCUGAACCUGAAGAACUCAAGCACAAUGCAUGGUAGAUCUGUGAACGAAAAUUUUGAUGAAGAGAUAGAGGGGGUGCAGAGCAAUGAGAGAUGGGCUUAUGUGAAGGUGAACAUGGAUGGGGUUACCAUUGGUAGGAAAAUUUGUGUGCUUGAUCAUGGUGGAUACUCAAGCCUAGCACUUCAAUUAGAAGACAUGUUUGGAAACCAGACUGUUUCUGGAUUAAGAUUGUUCCAAUCGAGAUCAGACUACUCAUUGUUCUACAAGGACAGACAAGAUAAUUGGAGACCUGUCGGUGAUGUACCAUGGAAGGAGUUUAUAGAAUGUGUGAAAAGGUUGAGGAUUGCAAGAAAGAAUGCAGGCAUUGUUUCUUGAUCAUAAACCUAAAUUUUGUGUCUCUUAAUUAGCAGUAUGAGUAGAAGUUAAAUUAAUCAAAGUUGGUUAAGUAGUUUGUGCAUGUAAUCAAAGUUGAUGGAUUCAAUUAGUGCACAUGGUAUUUUGGACAAGUCCUCCAUGGAAACGUACCUUACUUCAUUUGUAAUCAUUAGAAUGAAAUACCAAUAAUAAUCACUUCCAACUUUCAAUCAA